AUGCUAACUACCCAAUCCACUGGACUGCCAACACCUCCGCCCAUCUACAAAAUAGUCGGAUCGGAUGAUAUAGAGGAGAAGGAAGCAGAGAUGAGUUUCAUCCAUUUCCAGAGCACUUGCCACCUGGCCAUGGACUCAUGCCGGUCGGAUCCAUCAUGCUACACGGCCUUCAAGACGGUUAUGAUGCAUUGUGACCUGCAUCGGUGCAAUCGGAACGCCUGCAUGAAUUCUCUCCAAAGUUUCUACAAGGGCAUCCACGAUGAUCUCAGUUUGGACAUAGCGUUCUGUUUAUGCAGGAAAACCCCGAAUCGCCACGACAGCUGCAUGAUUGCUCAGGAAAAAUUGCAUCCGGCUUGCGCUCAGAGGCCUCCGGAGAAUCUCAGCCCGCAGGAAUCGAAUGGAGCCUUGUUCAGUCCGCCCCCGUCUUGCCAUGCGGUAGCUGAAAUGUGCCGACAGGACGAUGACUGCCGCUCCCGGUUGGAGGUCUUCGAACAGUCAUGUGCCGUGGAUAGUGUAACGAAAAAGUGUGCCGGCAAAACCAGUGCUUGCAGGCAAGCCAUGCUGGGAAUUCUGGGAACACCUCUUCGGACGAACUGCGCCUGUCAGGGGUCGGAGGUGCAACAGCUAUACGACUGUCUCGGUUGGCAGCGGCUACUCUGGCUGAAUCCUUGUGUCGUUGAAUCCCAAAAAGAUUUUCACUUAAAGCGUCUAGCUGAACUAGGUUUGUUGACGACGACCACUACUCCUACGACGACAACAAUGCGCACAACUCGUACUACACAAGCUCCAACUCCACCGCCAACGAAACCGAAACCAGUCUACCGUCCGAAGCCAACCGUACCACAACCGAUCGAGACCAACUACAUCGAAACCCCGGAUACCCGUCCGGAAACCCUGGUGCACAAAGGCAAUGAACUGAUUGUACGAACCGAUCUGGACCUUCAUCCCACGGAGCUGGAACCCAGGGGGAAGGGCUCCCAUUCUUUCUCGGAGGAUCAUCAAGAAGAAGAUCAAGAGGAAGAUGAUCAUUAUCGGCACUCGAAUGGCAACAACCGGAUACCCCACCAACGCCCCGAUGAACAGGUGCUGCAGAUGCUAACUACAGAGGUUGAAAUCGAAACGCUUCCUCCGACAACUACCACAACGACAACGCCGGAACCUACGACUACGCCGGUGCCGAUUCGAUACUGCGUAGUUCAACGUUCACAGCAGUCCGAUCAGCACAUAGCGGAGGGAAAAAGUCGAAGGCUAUACAUGCUGGACGAUGCCGAGUGCAGCGAGCUGUGCACCUGCGGGGCAGGAGAAACACUAUCGCUGUCUUGUCACGCACUAUGCGUACCUCUGGCGCCGUGUCGGACAUCGCUGGCAUACUACAGUCACGCUGCUCCAGCUUAUCAAGCCUAUCGGGGGCGUUGUCUAUGCUACUCGGGCAGGUUUAUAUGUAUGCGACCACCCCCUGGCGAGUAUUCGCUACCAGGUGGAAUUUUUCUGUUACUAGGUUAUAGUUCAACCGACGAAGCACUGUUAAGACCGAACACUAAUUUAGGAGUUCAAGACGCUGUUAGAGCGUUGCAGCAGUACGUGCAGCAGCAUAUAAAUAAUGAGACCUCUUGUAUAUUGACAUUAUUCAACAUCACCGAUGAAAAUAUCAUCUUAUCGAUAAGACUACCCCCGGACUCCAAACUAUCCAACCUGGAGUUACUUAGGCUAGAGAAG